AUGGUCCGAAGACCCAUCCGCAGACGUGAGGCCAAGCCACCUGUUGGGACUCGAACCCACGUCUCCAUCGAGGAGGAUAGUAAACUCUGCCAACUGGGCUAUCACCUCAGUGGAACACCGCAGCGAAAAAUUCGGGACGGAACAAUAGAUGACUACAACGUUUCAAUUUCAGAUAGUUGGUCAUUUGAGAAUGAUGUUCGUAGUGAGGAGAGCAUUUUUGAAAGUAGAGAAGAUAUGUUAGCUUGGGCACGGAGCGUUGGUCUAAAAUAUGGUAUAGUGGUGGUUAUUUUAAAUUCUGCUAAGUUAAAAGGCGGCAAACUGCCGAAGUACAUUCUUGGUUGUGAAAGAGGAGGAAAGUACGAACCGCCACGGUAUCUGAUUGAAGGACAAUCCUUACAAAGAAACACUAGGACUAGAAAAUGCAAUUGCCCAUUUCAACUGCGAGGUAUACCACAACAUCCAUACGGUAACAGGUGGGGUUUAGAGGUUAUUAGUGGUGUCCAUAACCAUGAAAUAGCAAAAUAUAUUGAGGGCCACAAGUACCCGUCAAGGCUAAAACCAAUAGAGAAACAAUUUGUGGUCGACAUGGCCAAUAGCACCGCGCCUCGUGAGAUUCUUAGUAUUUUGAAGCAAAAAGACCCGUCAAACACUACGGGAAUCAAGAGCGUUUAUAACACCAUUUUUGCAAACAAAACAGCCAAACUGGACGGUCUAACUCCUACUCAGUUUGUCAUACGUCAAUUACUUGAGCAAGAUUACCUCCAUCAAUUUAUUACAAAUCCAGAUACCAACGAAAUCACAGAUAUUAUUUGGGUUCAUCCUAUGAGUCUAGAGCUAUUUGUCAACUUUCCGUCCGUACUGAUCAUUGACGCCACGUACAAGACGAAUGAGUAUCGAAAACCACUAUUGGAGGUUGUGGGUAUUACAUCCACAUGGCGAACUUACUCGCUUAUGUUCGCUUAUCUUAGUAAUGAGAGAGAAGAGACACUGACAUGGGCAUUGGAUAACUUAAAAAAUUGGAUGCUUCAAAAGGGGGCAUCGAUGCCAUUAGUGUUUGUUUCAGAUCGGGAUUUAGCGCUUAUGAACGCCAUUGAAGCAUGUUUCCCAUUGCACGUCACAUCCUGUGUAUUUGGCACAUAA